UUCCGUUUUGUGCUCAUUCGUCUUUCAAAAUUCGUCUCGAACGGUUCUCGGUUCGAAAUCCGUUGCCGUCGCUGAAAUCGGAAAAUGUGGAUAUACGAAAAGUAGCCAGGAACAGCGCGCUGCUGCUUGCGAAAAAUAAAAAUAAAUAAAAUCGCCGGGAAGCAUACCACCACUAAAGGAUGGUAGUUGGAUUUAACUGAAACAGUAACAACGAUCGUGUCGCGCACAACAAAAUAAAAAAAAGAAGAAAAGAAAAGAAAACAAACCAUUCCGUCUUUCUCGUCGCGUUCUGUACUCCCCAUCGUGUGUGUCCCGUGUUUUCGAGUGUUCGCCUAGUGGAGGCCCAAGAAAUAAUAUCCCGGCCUCGGCCGACUGAGAAUAGAAGUUGUGAUUUGGCUGGGACCGCAGAUUAACCGCCCGGAAAAGUGGCCCAGAGAAAUGUUUUCGAGUGCAGUGCGCCAGUGUCGAGUGCAUGAAUAAACGGCAGUAGCAAGCCAGCCAGCCAGCCAGCCUCUUCUCUUCUCUUUCCCACUCCCCCGCGGAGUCCUCCUCCUCUUCUUCUCUGUCCGGCUGUCCGGCUGUUGGCCACAAGCCCCCAAAGCCGCCAAGAUUAAGUUCUCAAAGCAGCACGCCCACCACGCGUACCGCCACACGGACAACAUCUACGACGGCGGCACGGACACGGACGACGACGAAUGUCCGCUGGAGGCGACCGCCAUGAAUCCCUACGAGUAUGAGUCCACGCUCGACUGCCGCGACGCGGGCGGCGGGCCCGCCCUGGCCCACGGCCACGCCCCCUCCCACCCGCACGCCCAGGGACGCACGCUCCCCAUGAGCGGCCACGGGCGGCCAGCGGCGGCGGAGCUGGGCGCCCACGGCAGCCAGACGCUGCAGCACCAGCAGAACCAGCAGAGCCUGCAGGCCGCCGCUGCCGCCGCCGCAGCGCAGUCGUCGCACUACGACUACGAGUACCAGCACCUGGCCCACCGUCCGCCGGACACGGCCAACAACACGGCGCAGAGGACACACGGCAGACAAGGCUUCCUCCUGGAAGGAGUCACUCCAACGGCACCCCCGGAUGUCCCGCCGCGUAAUCCGACAAUGAGUCGCAUGCAAAAUGGUCGUUUACCCGGUAACAAUCUCAAUGACGGUGACUUUGAGCCAUCCUGUUUGGUGCGAACGCCAUCGGGCAACGUUUACAUUCCCAGUGGAAAUAUAAACAUACACAAGAGCUCACCCAUCGACCUCAAGAGCGGCUCCGCCUGCUCCACCCCCACGAAGGACACGCUGAAGGGCUACGAGCGGAGCACGCAGGGCUGCAUGGGGCCUGUGCUGCCGCCGCGCAGCGUCAUGAACGGACUGCCCGCCCACCACUACUCGGCGCCGAUGAACUUCCGCAAGGACCUAGCCGCGCGCUGCUCCUCGCCGUGGGUGAGCGUGGUGGCCAUCUCGGCGCUGCUCGUCGGCGUGCUCAUGCUGAUCCUGCUGACCACCUUCGGCGGGCUGCACUGGACCCAGUCGGCGCCGUGCACCGUGCUCGUGGGCAACGAGGCCUCCGAGGUCACAGCCGCCAAGAGCACGAACACGGACCUCUCCAAGCUGCACAACUCGUCGGUGCGCGCGAAGAACGGACAAGGCAUCGGACUGGCCCAGGGACAAGCGGGACUCAGCGGAGCGGUCGGGGCAGGAGGCUCCGGCGGCGGAUCGUCGGCGGCAACCGUGACGACAGCCACCUCGAACAGCGGCACCGCCCAAGGACUGCAGUCGACGUCCGCCUCCGCGGAGGCCUCCUCCUCGGCGGCCACCUCGCAGUCCUCGCUGACGCCCUCGCUGUCCUCGUCGCUGGCGAAUGCCAAUAAUGGAGGAAGAGCAAUGUCAACGCAGCUGUCAGUCAGUGGAGCAGGAGAUAAAGGACGACGACAUCGGCGGAGCUUAAUCGAGGCACAGGACGAAAAUGAUGUGGCUACAGACGAAACUUUCGGCGACUUAAUUACAAGCGAAAGCCUCAACCAGCAGCUUGCCGAAAAGUAUUUGGCAACAACCCCGGCCAAAAGCCCGACAGACGUCGUCGAUAAAACUUUGCCCCGAAUCGAUGGAGUAUUGGGUCCCCAAGCGAGCGAGGAAGAGACCAGCGACUAUGUCUAUGAAGACGAGGUUGAGCCGGAGACCACCCAGCCGCCCAGCCGGAGACCCAAGACGUGGCAACAAUUUGGCAAAUCAUUAAACAGCUAUUUGCGCAGCGCUGCUAAAACACUGGUCAACAAGAAGAGGAAAUAUGACGACGGGGCGGAUGGGGAAGAGCACAUUAAGCGGGAGCUGGAGCAGGAGCUUCUCGAAGCGAUUGGGAUGGCAACGGAGUCGGAGACCAGCACAUUGGUUGCUGUUAUUGAUGACGAUAAUCAAAGUGACAACAGCAGCUCAGGCCCAACGCCGGAGACGACUCCAAGGAGUGACGCCGAUGACACUGUUGAAAUCAACACCACCCCCCCACCUGAGAACCCCACAGCUCAGAGCUCUUUCCCCGCCGCCUCGAGCCGGGCUGCCGUUGAAAAUGAUUUUCAAAUCAAAGGCACGGAGGCUGGGGGGUCGCAGACGGAGAAACCUGCCACUGAUGAUAUCAAUAAUGAGCGUGAUUUAGCUGACAACUAUGAGGUAGACACCCAGGAGCCGACAUCACCAGCCACUCCCCCACAAGACAAAGAUAAGGAGAAUAUGGACAGCAGCGGGAAGUCACCGCAAACGAAUCAAACGGAGCCGGAUUUAAUGAUGAGCGAUGCCUCGCACUUCGAGGAUAUAGAUAUCGUAAAACUAGACGGGGCUCCCAUCUCCCAGGAAGAGGAGGUUUACAAGACAGCUGAAAAGAAUAAACCCAAGAUGGACCUACCUCCUCAAGUAGAUGCAAGUGAAAACGAGGUGCUUAAAGAACAGGACAACGGCGAGGAGGUGCCUCUUCAUUUAAAGCCCCUUAAGCCCUACGUUAGUGAGCAGGUGGAUGUGCCGGGCAAGCGCAUUUUCCUAAACCUGACAAUAGCCACCGACGAGGGCAGCGACUCCGUCUACACACUCCACGUGGAGGUGCCCACCGGAGGAGGGCCGCACACCAUAAAGGAGGUGCUGACCCACGAGAAAGCGCAGAAUGGCCAGGCCGACAGCUGUGUUCCGGAGCCACCUCCCCGGAUGCCCGACUGUCCGUGCAGCUGUCUCCCGCCCCCAGCGCCUAUCUACCUGGACGACAGCGUUGACAUUGACUCUGACCCACCAACCGCGCCUCCGACCACCCCAGCUCCUCUGGAGAGGGCGACCAUUCUGAGCCAUGACCACAGCGAGGAGGACGAAGACGGGGUUGGGGAUGCGGAGCCAUUGGCUGCUCCAAGCACCGCUACUAACCCUCCGAGCACCGAGAUCGAUAACCACAUUGCCGCCACCCUCACUGAACCCACUUUUUCCGGUGCUAGUGGUGAACCGUUUGCAUGUCCAGAUGUGAUGCCAGUACUGAUACUGGAAGGAGCGCGAACAUUCCCGGCCCGAAGCUUCCCACCGGACGGCACCACCUUUGGCCAGAUCACUCUCGGCCAGAAGCUGACCAAGGAGAUCCAGCCGUACAGCUACUGGAACAUGCAGUUCUACCAAUCGGAGCCAGCCUACGUCAAGUUCGACUACACGAUUCCGCGGGGCGCCUCCAUCGGAGUCUACGGACGGCGCAAUGCCCUGCCCACCCACACUCAGUACCACUUUAAGGAAGUGCUUAGCGGAUUCAGUGCCAGCACACGAACGGCCCGGGCCGCCCACCUGUCGAUCACGCGGGAGGUGACGCGCUACAUGGAGCCGGGCCACUGGUUCGUCUCGCUCUACAACGACGACGGGGACGUGCAGGAGCUGACCUUCUUCGCGGCCGUGGCCGAAGACAUGACCCAGAACUGCCCCAACGGCUGCUCCGGCAACGGGCAGUGCCUCCUGGGGCAUUGCCAGUGCAACCCGGGCUUCGGGGGCGACGACUGCAGCGAGAGCGUGUGCCCCGUGCUGUGCUCGCAGCACGGCGAGUACACCAACGGGGAGUGCAUCUGCAACCCGGGCUGGAAGGGCAAGGAGUGCUCGCUGCGGCACGACGAGUGCGAGGUGGCCGACUGCAACGGGCACGGGCACUGUGUCAGCGGCAAGUGCCAGUGCAUGCGCGGCUACAAGGGGAAGUUCUGCGAAGAAGUUGACUGUCCGCACCCGAACUGCUCGGGCCACGGGUUCUGCGCCGACGGCACCUGCAUCUGCAAGAAGGGCUGGAAGGGACCCGACUGCGCCACCAUGGACCAGGACGCGCUGCAGUGCCUGCCCGACUGCUCCGGACACGGGACCUUCGACCUGGACACCCAGACCUGCACCUGCGAGGCCAAGUGGAGCGGCGACGACUGCUCCAAGGAGCUGUGCGACCUGGACUGCGGCCAGCACGGCCGCUGCGAGGGCGACGCCUGCGCCUGCGACCCCGAGUGGGGCGGCGAGUACUGCAACACGCGGCUGUGCGACGCCCGCUGCAACGAGCACGGCCAGUGCAAGAACGGCACCUGCCUGUGCGUCACGGGCUGGAACGGCAAGCACUGCACCAUCGAGGGCUGCCCCAACAGCUGCGCCGGCCACGGCCAGUGCCGCGUGAGCGGCGAGGGCCAGUGGGAGUGCCGCUGCUACGAGGGCUGGGACGGACCCGACUGCGGCAUCGCGCUGGAGCUGAACUGUGGCGACAGCAAGGACAACGACAAGGACGGCCUAGUUGACUGCGAGGACCCCGAGUGCUGCGCCAGCCACGUGUGUAAGACAUCCCAGCUCUGCGUCUCGGCUCCGAAGCCCAUCGACGUGCUGCUCCGCAAGCAGCCGCCAGCCAUCACGGCCUCCUUCUUCGAGCGAAUGAAGUUCCUCAUCGACGAGAGCAGCCUGCAGAACUACGCCAAGCUGGAGACCUUUAACGAGAGCAUUUUUUGGAAUUAUUUCAAUGCAAGUCGAUCGGCGGUUAUCAGAGGCCGUGUGGUCACUUCCUUGGGAAUGGGCCUGGUGGGAGUGCGAGUGUCCACCACCACGCUCCUGGAGGGCUUCACCCUGACCCGCGACGACGGAUGGUUCGACCUCAUGGUCAACGGCGGCGGAGCCGUGACCCUUCAGUUCGGACGAGCUCCUUUCCGGCCGCAGUCGCGCAUCGUGCAAGUGCCGUGGAACGAGGUGGUCAUCAUUGACGUGGUGGUUAUGAGCAUGUCUGAGGAGAAAGGACUGGCCACGACGACCACGCACACCUGCUUUGCCCACGACUACGACCUGAUGAAGCCGGUGGUGCUGGCCUCGUGGAAGCACGGCUUCCAGGGCGCCUGCCCGGAUCGCAGCGCCAUCCUCGCCGAGUCGCAGGUGAUCCAGGAGUCGUUGCAGAUUCCCGGCACCGGACUCAACCUCGUCUACCACUCCUCGCGAGCCGCCGGCUACCUGUCCACCAUCAAGCUGCAACUGACCCCAGACGUCAUCCCGGCCACGCUGCACCUGAUCCAUCUGCGCAUCACCAUCGAGGGCAUCCUGUUCGAGCGCGUCUUCGAGGCGGACCCGGGCAUCAAGUUCACGUACGCCUGGAACAGGCUCAACAUCUACCGCCAGCGCGUCUACGGAGUGACCACCGCGGUGGUGAAGGUCGGCUAUCAGUACACCGACUGCACGGACAUCGUGUGGGACAUCCAGACGACCAAGCUGAGCGGCCACGACAUGUCCAUCUCGGAGGUGGGCGGCUGGAACCUGGACAUCCACCACCGCUACAACUUCCACGAGGGCAUCCUGCAGAAGGGCGACGGCUCGAACAUCUACCUGCGCAACAAGCCGCGCAUCAUCCUGACCACCAUGGGCGAUGGCCACCAGCGUCCGCUCGAGUGUCCCGACUGCGAUGGCCUGGCCACUAAGCAGCGUCUCCUGGCUCCCGUCGCCCUGGCCGCGGCUCCCGACGGAAGCCUCUUCGUGGGCGACUUCAACUACAUCCGGCGCAUCAUGACCGACGGCAGCAUCCGCACCGUGGUGAAGCUGAACGCCACGCGCGUCUCCUACCGCUACCACAUGGCCCUGAGUCCCCUCGACGGCACCCUCUACGUCUCCGACCCGGAGUCGCACCAGAUCAUCCGGGUACGCGACACCAGCGACUACUCGCAGCCUGAACUCAACUGGGAGGCGGUCGUGGGCUCCGGGGAGCGAUGUCUGCCCGGCGACGAGGCGCACUGCGGCGACGGAGCCCUGGCCAAGGACGCCAAGCUGGCCUACCCGAAGGGCAUCGCCAUCUCGAGCGACAACAUCCUGUACUUCGCCGACGGCACCAACAUCCGCAUGGUGGACAGGGACGGGAUCGUGAGCACCCUGAUCGGCAACCACAUGCACAAGUCCCACUGGAAGCCCAUCCCCUGCGAGGGCACCCUCAAGCUGGAGGAGAUGCACCUGCGCUGGCCCACCGAGCUGGCGGUGUCUCCGAUGGACAACACGCUGCACAUCAUCGACGACCACAUGAUCCUGCGCAUGACUCCCGACGGAAGGGUGCGGGUGAUCUCCGGCAGGCCGCUGCACUGCGCCACCGCCUCCACGGCCUACGACACGGACCUGGCCACCCACGCCACCCUGGUGAUGCCCCAGUCGAUCGCCUUCGGGCCUCUGGGCGAGCUGUACGUGGCGGAGAGCGACUCGCAGCGGAUCAACCGGGUGCGCGUGAUCGGCACCGACGGCAGGAUCGCUCCCUUCGCGGGAGCCGAGUCCAAGUGCAACUGCCUGGAGCGCGGCUGCGACUGCUUCGAGGCGGAGCACUACCUGGCCACCAGCGCCAAGUUCAACACGAUCGCCGCCCUGGCCGUGACCCCCGACAGCCACGUGCACAUCGCCGACCAGGCCAACUACCGCAUCCGGUCCGUGAUGUCCAGCAUUCCGGAGGCGAGCCCUUCGCGCGAGUACGAGAUCUACGCGCCGGACAUGCAGGAGAUCUACAUCUUCAACCGCUUCGGCCAGCACGUCUCCACCCGCAACAUCCUGACCGGGGAGACCACCUACGUGUUCACCUACAACGUGAACACCUCGAACGGAAAGCUGAGCACCGUGACCGACGCCGCCGGCAACAAGGUGUUCCUGCUGCGCGACUACACCUCGCAGGUGAACUCCAUCGAGAACACCAAGGGGCAGAAGUGCCGCCUGCGCAUGACCCGCAUGAAGAUGCUGCACGAGCUGAGCACCCCGGACAACUACAACGUGACCUACGAGUACCACGGACCCACCGGCCUGCUGCGGACCAAGCUGGACUCCACCGGGCGCUCCUACGUGUACAACUACGAUGAGUUCGGGCGCCUCACCUCCGCCGUCACACCCACCGGCCGCGUCAUCGAGCUGAGCUUCGACCUCAGCGUGAAGGGCGCCCAGGUGAAGGUGUCGGAGAACGCGCAGAAGGAGAUGUCGCUGCUGAUCCAGGGCGCCACCGUGAUCGUGCGCAACGGCGCCGCCGAGUCGCGCACCACCGUCGACAUGGACGGCUCGACCACCAGCAUCACGCCGUGGGGCCACAACCUGCAGAUGGAGGUGGCUCCGUACACGAUCCUCGCCGAACAGAGCCCGCUGCUGGGCGAGAGCUACCCGGUGCCGGCCAAGCAGCGCACCGAGAUCGCCGGCGACCUGGCCAACCGGUUCGAGUGGCGCUACUUCGUGCGCCGCCAGCAGCCGCUGCAGGCGGGCAAGCAGAGCAAGGGACCGCCGCGCCCGGUCACCGAGGUGGGUCGCAAGCUCCGCGUCAACGGGGACAACGUGCUGACCCUUGAGUACGACCGCGAGACCCAGUCGGUGGUCGUGAUGGUGGACGACAAGCAGGAGCUGCUCAACGUGACCUACGACCGCACCUCGCGGCCCAUCAGCUUCCGCCCGCAGUCGGGUGACUACGCGGACGUCGACCUGGAGUACGACCGCUUCGGCCGCCUGGUCAGCUGGAAGUGGGGCGUCCUGCAGGAGGCCUACUCCUUCGACCGCAACGGACGGCUGAACGAGAUCAAGUACGGCGACGGCUCCACGAUGGUGUACGCGUUCAAGGACAUGUUCGGCUCGCUGCCCCUCAAGGUGACCACGCCCAGGCGCUCGGACUACCUGCUGCAGCACGAUGAUGCGGGAGCCCUCCAGAGCCUCACGACUCCCCGUGGCCACAUCCACGCUUUCUCGCUGCAGACGUCGCUCGGCUUCUUCAAGUACCAGUACUACUCCCCGAUCAACCGACAUCCCUUCGAGAUCCUGUACAACGACGAGGGUCAGAUCCUGGCCAAGAUCCAUCCGCACCAGUCUGGAAAGGUGGCCUUCGUUCACGACGCCGCCGGACGACUGGAGACGAUCCUGGCCGGACUGUCCAGCACGCACUACACCUACCAGGACACGACCAGCCUGGUGAAGUCCGUGGAGGUGCAGGAGCCGGGCUUCGAGCUGCGCCGCGAGUUCAAGUACCACGCGGGCAUCCUGAAGGACGAGAAGCUGCGCUUCGGCUCGAAGAACUCGCUGGCCUCAGCGCACUACAAGUACGCCUAUGACGGGAACGCGCGGCUUAGCGGCAUCGAGAUGGCCAUCGACGACAAGGAGCUACCGACCACGCGCUACAAGUACAGCCAGAACCUGGGCCAGCUGGAGGUGGUGCAGGACCUGAAGAUCACGCGCAACGCCUUCAACCGCACGGUGAUCCAGGACUCGGCCAAGCAGUUCUUCACCAUCGUGGACUACGACCAGCACGGCCGCGUGAAGAGCGUACUGAUGAACGUGAAGAACAGCGACGUGUUCCGGCUGGAGCUGGACUACGACCUGCGCAACCGCAUCAAGUCGCAGAAGACGACGUUCGGCCGCUCGACGGCCUUCGACAAGAUCAACUACAACGCCGACGGGCACGUGGUCGAGGUCCUGGGCACCAGCAACUGGAAGUACCUGUUCGACGAGAACGGCAACACGGUGGGCGUGGUGGACCAGGGCGAGAAGUUCAACCUGGGCUACGACAUCGGGGACCGCGUGAUCAAGGUGGGCGACGUCGAGUUCAACAACUACGACGCCCGCGGAUUCGUGGUGCGGCGCGGCGAGCAGAAGUACCGCUACAACAACCGCGGCCAGCUGAUCCACGCCUUCGAGCGCGAGCGCUUCCAGAGCUGGUACUACUACGACGACCGCAGCCGGCUGGUCGCCUGGCACGACAACAAGGGCAACACCACCCAGUACUACUACGCCAACCCGCGCACCCCGCAGCUGGUGACCCACGUGCACUUCCCCAAGCUGGGCCGCACGAUGAAGCUCUUCUACGACGACCGCGACAUGCUCAUCGCGCUGGAGCACGAGGAGCAGCGCUACUACGUGGCCACCGACCAGAACGGCUCGCCGCUGGCCUUCUUCGACCAGAACGGCGGCGUCGUCAAGGAGAUGAAGCGCACGCCCUUCGGCCGGGUCAUCAAGGACACCAAGCCGGACUUCUUCGUGCCCGUCGACUUCCACGGCGGCCUGAUCGAUCCGCACACCAAGCUGGUGUACACCGAGCAGCGGCAGUACGACCCGCACGUGGGCCAGUGGAUGACCCCGCUGUGGGAGACUCUAGCCACCGAGAUGUCGCACCCGACGGACGUGUUCAUCUACCGCUACCACAACAACGACCCGGUCAACCCGAACCGCCCGCAGAACUACAUGAUCGACCUGGACGCCUGGCUGCAGCUCUUCGGCUACGACCUGGACAACAUGCAGAGCAGCCGCUACACCAAGCUGGCCCAGUACACGCCGCAGGCCUCCAUCAAGUCCAACACGUUGGCACCCGACUUCGGCGUCAUCUCCGGCCUGGAGUGCAUUGUGGAGAAGACGAGCGAAAAGUUCAGCGACUUUGACUUCGUGCCCAAGCCGCUGCUCAAGAUGGAGCCCAAGAUGCGCAACCUGCUGCCGCGAGUCAGCUACCGCCGCGGAGUCUUCGGCGAGGGCGUGCUGCUCUCGAGGAUCGGCGGAAGGGCCCUGGUGAGCGUGGUGGACGGGUCGAACAGCGUGGUGCAGGACGUGGUGAGCAGCGUGUUCAACAACUCGUACUUCCUCGACCUGCACUUCAGCAUCCACGACCAGGACGUCUUCUACUUCGUGAAGGACAACGUGCUGAAGCUGCGCGACGACAACGAGGAGCUGCGUCGCCUGGGAGGCAUGUUCAACAUAUCAACCCACGAGAUCAGCGACCACGGAGGCAGCGCCGCCAAGGAGCUGCGGCUCCACGGGCCCGACGCCGUGGUCAUCAUCAAGUACGGCGUGGACCCCGAGCAGGAGCGCCACCGCAUCCUGAAGCACGCCCACAAGCGGGCGGUGGAGCGGGCCUGGGAGCUGGAGAAGCAGCUAGUGGCCGCCGGCUUCCAGGGCCGUGGCGACUGGACCGAGGAGGAGAAGGAGGAGCUCGUCCAGCACGGCGACGUCGACGGCUGGAACGGCAUCGACAUCCACAGCAUACACAAGUAUCCGCAGCUGGCCGACGACCCCGGCAACGUGGCCUUCCAGCGGGACGCGAAGCGCAAGCGCCGCAAGACCGGCAGCAGCCACCGGAGUGCCUCCAACCGGCGCCAGCUCAAGUUCGGCGAGCUGAGUGCGUGAGUGGAGGCGUUUAGAGAGCAGCUGGCAGCGAAGGCGGAGGCGGACAAGGAAGCGGAGCCGGAGCCGGAGCCGGAGCAGGAGGGAAGUGACAUGGCCGAAGAGGAGUACGGCGAGCAGGAGGACUACCUGAUUGCCGUGGGCAAGAAGGAGCCGAGGGACAGCGGCGAGGCACUGGACGAGCAGAUUUUGUAAUUAGGUGAAAUGCGCAACAGCGACCACAAGAAAAAACCCCAGCACAACACUCGAAGACACAACUCAAAACUCGAAACAGAAGAAAAGAAAUGAGAAAGCAAACGAAAACGAAAGCGAGCAUCCAACACACUAAUUAAUAUAAACUUUAAUCAUGCUUAAAGUUUAGUAUUAGCCACAACGCAACCCUCGAAUAACCGAAGAAACUUCUUAUAUGUACACAGGAACAGUACUAUGUAUGUUGAUGUUGAGUUUAGGCUAACAAUAGGCGUAUGUUUAGUCCAUGUGUGUAAUGUUUAAUGUAAUUUUUUAAUCAGAAUCAGUGUCCCCGCGAUCAGCCAGCUUGCCCUGGCAAGUAAUAGGGAGUUAUAUAGAUUGGCACAUUGGCCGAGCCGGUCGAAUUAGAUUGGCGCAGAUCGAGCCGAGUGAACAGAACCACUUCGGGGAUGGGAGUUUGGUCAAGAGCUGCCCAUUAGCCAGUUGCAUUACGAUGUCGAACGAAGAGUAUUACACAGCAAAUAUGCAUACGAUAAGUACAGAUGUUAAACUACAAACGGAAUAAAUGUAAAAAGAUUAAAGUUCUCUGUAGUAGCCCCUAGUCCUUGGCCCCAUGUCCGGCCCACUCCAUCGAAGCCCUUCUCACACGGCGACAGAAAUGUUGCCUACUGCUUGCCCUUCCCAAUUGCUUUGUGUAUAUAACAUCGAAUACUUUUCUAUCCUUUUACUAACCAAGAAGCGCGUAUUUAUCCUUUCAAAAAGCACUCUUUUUAGCGAAAUAGGUGUCUGAACCGAAUGCUCGAAUUUAAAUUUAUCAGAAGCGUCCUACUAUUUUCGAUGGCCAAGAAUCAAAAAGAAUUUUAUCAGCCCCUUCAAUGCAAAACAAUACUCUACCGACUCUUUUCACUCAUUUUAUAAUGUUAACUGUUGAAUUUAUUCAAAGAAAGAAUGCAUUAAAACCUUUUUACAAAUUGUGAUAUAUAUUUCUAAACAUUUCAUUUGACAACUUGAAGUGUGACGAACAAAAAUCGAAUUAACUCCAAUUGAACCGAAAAUGAAAAGCAACCACAUGUACUUUACUCAUUUUUUAAAUAUAGUCCUUUACGAUUAGUUUUUAUGCUGCAAUAUUUAGUUCUUACCGUUUGCCAUGUUAAUUUUUAAAAGCAAUACUGUUUUUAGUAAUGAACCCCACACGGGAGUGUCGCAUAGAGUUUAAUGUCUUUUAAAUUCCUUUUCUUUUUUUUUUUUAAUUACUGCAAGAUCGAUUGCUGCUUUUAAAAACCGUUCUGGACCCCUUCUAUGUGGCUGACAUUUUGUCGGUACUUUGUGUUUAUAAUUAUUAUUGAUCUAUUUAUAAUUGAAACUAAACUAUUGACUAUUGAGAUAUUAACUAGCAUAAAACUUAGUGCGCAUAACGUCUUGCGGAGAACUUAAACAUACCCCCUAUAACCAUAAAGAACACACCUUGUAUUAUAAACACCCACGCAUACAACUAAACAUAGGCAUAAGGAUUAGGCUAAAGACAAAGAUCGUAAGAACAGAAAGGAUUAGCACCUAACUAAAGUGAAAAUAAGCGAUUGAUUCUGUGUAGAGAGAGGGCAGAUUAGAAGAGUUCAGACGAUAACUGCGUAGUAAUUAGCUAAAGUGUUAGUAAUUUUAUUAAAUAAAAUUAUAAAUGAAAAAUGCAUAAACACUUAAACUUUAAAUUUAGGAACAUACUUCAUAAUCUGAAUUCGUUUAUUCAAAAUGUGAAUCUAGGGCUGUGUAAGGGUUUGAAAAAACUAACUUUUCAGGUCAUUACACAGAGUUAGUUUAUUCCAAAAGAACGAAAAUUGUAAAAAUCAGAAAACCGUAUAUGAAUGUGUAUGUAAUAAAAUUAAGCAGCAUUAUAUUAACCAAAAA